AUGCUUCUGAACUCAACCAUCAAGUUGGGCAGUCUGGGCUACCUCGAAGGCUUUGACCAGGAGGAGGGCCGUCAAUCGACACUGAAGCUGGAGCGACCUGACUCCCGCAACCAAAAGUCUCGGCCCAACCUCAGUCGAAGCCUGUCCAAAGAAAGGGCCUCUUCGCAAGGCAGAGAUGGCAGAGGCAGCAGGGAUUUUCAGAAGCGGGCUAUGUCGAGGGACUCCGACAGAAUAGACAAACGGGCUAUGUCAAGGGACUCAGACAGAAUGGACAAAGGUAUGGGCUUACGCCCUUUAGAGUGGACUCAUGCGCCACGCAAGGAUGUGCGCAAAGAGGGUCCAGUUGUUUAUUCUGUGAGCACCCCGGCGAAAGAGGGUCCUCGCGACCAUGCAUUGCAUUUGGUCCGUACUACCCGCAUCGAGCCGGCGACUGGAUACUCCAAGCGGCCGCCGGUUCCGCCCAAGCGACCUGGAGCCGAGCAAAUUGUCGUGACUGAGAAGGACUUGAAGAAGUGCGGCAGCGACCUCAAGAAGUUGCGGGAGUGCAACCUCGCCAAGGCACUGGAGGAGAAACCUGAACCCAGGCCCGAGCGGCCGCCUUCACCCUUGAGGCCCCUGGAACUGUCCUUCAAAAGCAAUUUCGCGCAGAUGUGCCGCGAGGGCGCGGAUUUGCGGGAUCCCUGGAAGGAUUUGGCCCACCCGGAUGAGGGACGAAAUCUGACUGUGGAAGAUUUGGUGCUCAACCAGGUGUAUGUCAAGGCUUUGUCCCCGCGAAAACUCGAGUUCGACGAGACGAACUCGCCUGAACAUGGCCCAAGGAAGUCCAAGAUGCGAAGGAGUGCGAGCGCAUCGACGAGAGCCAGCUCUGCUGAUGUGGCCCUGCAAGAAGGUCGGGCAGAGGGGAGGGAGGUGACCAUGCGCCCCCGCACCGAGAGCCAGUGGUUCACCAAGCGCGCCGCCAGCCUCGGGCGCGAGCGGGACAGGUUCUCCGCAGCAAUCCAGCCGGUGGACUUGGACACGCCACGCUCCAGGAAGGAGGAUGAGACGCCCCAAGCAAGGCGAGAGGCGCGGACGUUCUUGAAAGGUGCCUCCAGAAGAGGAGAGACGCGAGCCGUCUGGAUGACGCUGAACCAGGCAACUGGCGAAGUGACCCCUUACCAAAAGGAGGCAGGAAACCGCUUGGAGGCUGCCUUCCUAUCUGGGCGCAGCAGCGUGCCGUUGGCUGGGCUUGGACCACAGCUGGAGGGCGCCAUUGUCACUUUUGACAAGGCAUCAGAGCAAGAUGCCCGAGUGAGAUGGGUGGAUGGGACCUAUUCCGAAGUGAAGCGCUUCCAGGUAACUGCAUACAGCUAUGAGACGACAAUACAGCUGGCGGGUUCCUCCGCGGAGGGCUGGCGCUUUGCCAGGAACGAAGCCAGAGUGGAAGAGAGGCUGGUGCCACUUUUCGGGACGGAACUUAUCGCCCCACCUUCUCCAAAACUGCCACCAGUCACUCGCGACAGACAGGUGUAUUUCAUCAACGCAGGCGCAGACUGGGGUGGCUGGGAGUAG